CAAGCGCAAGGCUGAACUAGUAGCCCACCUCUCAUUUGAGGCACUCUCGCCAUAGAUGGACUAGGAGUGAGAGCCUGGGAGGCAAUACUGUAUGAAUGCGUGACAAGUUUACAUCUCUUGCACGUCUCUUUAAUGGCGUAGCCUAUCCUUAAUGAGCACCAGAGACUGUGACUAACAUGCUCUAUUCGAUUUUAGUCUCAUGGUCUAGUUUCCAAAAUUUGAGUCUACUGUAGAACAGUUUUGAGAAGUUAACCUCGUGACACAUUAGAAGAGGAUAAAAACAAAUUGCUGGUCUGGGGGACUGGACAGAGGGACAGGGGGAGAAUCCGUGAGAAUACUCUGGUGGACUGGGCAGAGGGACAGGGGGAGAAUCCGUGAGGAUACUCUGGUGGACUGGACAGAGGGACAGGGGGAGAAUCCGUGAGAAUACUCUGGUGGACUGGACAGAGGGACAGGGGGAGAAUCCGUGAGAAUACUCUGGUGGACUGGACAGAGGGACAGGGGGAGAAUCCGUGAGAAUACUCUGGUGGACUGGACAGAGGGACAGGGGGAGAAUCCGUGAGAAUACUCGCAUGGCACGUAUGGAUUACAUGUAAGGCCAGUGUUGGUUUCGCUGCAUCUCUGGGGGAAAGUCAUCCGAGAAGCGUAUUUUCAGGAGACCAUGGGCAGCCUCGCUUCCAUGCCAGAGGGAUUCCGUUCAGCCUGGAUUGAUGUUGGAUUUACCCGGGGCUCCGAGAGCUCACAGCCGUGAAAUUGAGAGUGAAAGACGCGCUAUGAAAUAAUAGGCUAUUUGUAAGAUUGGUGCCAAAUGUAGGCUAUUUAUGUUCUGGAUAUUUGAUCAUGUUUUAUUUUCUCAACAAGCAUUACUAAACGCUACUUGGAAUCUUGUGAUCAACUUCAAACAGUGGACACUUAAAAGGAACGCUUUGGUGACACAUUUGUGGAUCUAUUGAAUUAGGCUGUAGGAUUACCCACGGAAUUCCACUCUCAAAUGAUAGUUUCAAAGUCGUUUGUUUUGUUUCCAUUUUGUCGCCUCGCUCUUUCGUUUCAUUCAUUCGCCGUAUCACUUUGUUAACCAGGUUAAAGCCUGAGAGUAAGAGAAAGAAAGCCUCUGUCUCAUAGCGCGCCCAGUGUGCACACGGGCACCAUGGUCGGGAUGUGGGGUGGCGGAGGUCUCCCAAUGUCUGUCACCGUGGUUGUGACUCUGCUCCUGGCUAUUAUUGACGUGAAGGCGAGUGGGGAGUACUGUCACGGUUGGCAUGACACCCAGGGCACAUGGAGAGAGGGCUUCCAGUGCCCGGAGAAGUUCGAUGGUGAGGAUGCCAUCAUCUGCUGCGGGAAAUGCGAGCUGCGGUACUGCUGCUCCAGGAAUGAAGCACGGCUGGACCAGGGGACUUGUGACAACGACAAGCAAGCCCAGCAACCGGGCACCGACAGCAAAGAGAAUAAGGAGACGGGCGCAGUACCCAUCUACGUUCCCUUCCUGAUCGUGGGCUCUGUGUUCGUGGCUUUCGUCCUGGUGGGUUCCGUGGUUGCCGUUUGCUGUUGCAACUGUCUCCGCCCCAAACAGGAACUGUCAUCAGGGGGCGGGGGAGGAGGCGGGUCUGGUGGCGGCCGUCUCCUGGAGACUAUUCCCAUGAUGGCUAGCGUGGGAACGUCUCGCGGUUCCUCUUCCCGCCAAUCAAGCACGGCCACCUCGUCCAGUUCCUCUGCCCCUCCUGCCCAGGUGCCUCGCCCGGCCCCCCAGCCCAUGAUGCGUGCCCAGGCCUCCUGUUGUCUCCCUCCAGAUGCCAGUGUCUUCGUCAACAUGCCGACCAACUUCUCCGUGCUCAACUGCCAGCAGGCCACCCAGAUCAUGCCCCACCAGGGACAGUUCAUCCACCCCCAGUACAUCGGCUAUGCCACCCACCACAUGUCUCCACCCCAGGGGGUCUACCUGGACCCCACCCAGGGGGGCUACAGACAGCUGCAGUCCCCCUACCCCCCACCCACCAGUGUGGCCAGUGUCACCAGCGAGCAGAAGUACCCUCCAGUAACAGUUUAAGCCAUUUUGGGGACUGUGUGUAACAGACCUUGUGAGGGCCUUAUGGGGACUGUUUGAGAAACCUUAUGGGGACUGUGUGAGAAACCUUAUGGGGACUGCAUUAGAAACCUUAUGGGGACUGCAUUAGAAACCUUAUGGGGACAUUGGGAGCUCGCCAGCUUGGAGAGAGAAUGAUAUGGACUCAGGCUCACACAGAGGACUCGUAAAACCGAAGCUGGGAUCUGUGCCUGACCAGCCACAGUGUGUUGCGUGUGUCUGUCCUACAUGUGUGUGAUAUGUAAAGGUUUGGCAGAUUUGCCUCAGGGUAAAGAUUGUAAGUGAGCUGACCUCACCCCAAGAUUGAGGCAGGGGUAUGUCUGUCUGGUUGUCCUCAUUCAGCAACACACAGAGGGGUGAUGCUGCCCACCAGGGCCAAUGACUCGCAGCAGAGUGUGUGGGUUUAACGUCUUGAAGUUUGUCCGUGUAGCGUUUGUUGUAUGUGUUUGUAAAUGAGUGAAUGUGUGUAUGUACAGUACGAGUGAGGGUGCUGUGUCCAGUGUGGCUAUGUGUGUAUGUGACUAUAUGUACAGAAUGUGCUGUGUGUGUAUUACUUUCAGUGUAUGUGGUGGUGAGUGGGUGUAUGUUAACGGAUGUACUAU